GAUUGCCCGGGGCUACCAGGGCUCCCCCGACCUGCGGCUGACGUGGCUGCAGAACAUGGCAGGGAAGCACGCGGAGCUGGGCAACCACGCCGAGGCCGCCCAGUGCAUGGUGCAUGCGGCUGCGCUGGUGGCCGAGUAUCUCGCCCUCCUUGAGGACAGCCGCCACUUGCCCGUGGGCUGCGUGUCCUUCCAGAAUAUCUCGUCCAAUGUUCUGGAGGAGUCUGCCAUCUCCGAUGACAUCCUGUCACCCGAUGAGGAGGGCUUCUGUUCCGGGAAGCACUUCACGGAGCUGGGGCUGGUGGGGCUGCUGGAACAGGCGGCCGCCUACUUCACCAUGGUGAGGCCUGGGGGACCAGCAUCAGGACGUGGGACUCGGGUCGGGGAGGCACCAUUGGAUUCUGGGCCAGGGG